AUGUCUGGAGAAUAUCCGUCGCGUUAUUAUGGACUCUGUCUCUUCUUGGUCAAUGCAAGUUUUGUAGCAUGUUGGUCUAACUGGGCGGAUCACGAUCAAGUCAACCUCUUGGGAGCAAUCUUAGACCAGUUCAGCCGAUUUUUCGGGCACAUGGUCAACUCGAAUAAAACGAGGGUCUUCUUCACGGGAAACAAAAACGACGAGCUUAUCAAUCAGUUGUGUAUCCCUCUUGGCUUCCAGGUCUCCAAGGACUUGGGGAAAUAUCUGGGCAUGCCUCUCUUCCACAACAGGGUCACCAAGAACACGUUUCAGUUCAUAAUCGAUAAAGUCCGGCAGAAGCUUUGUAAUUGGACGGAUACCAAACUCUCCCUAGCCGGUCGGAUCACAUUGGCCAAGUCGACGCUCCUAUCCAUUCCUAACUAUUUUAUUCAAACGGCAGCUAUUCCCAAGGGUGUCUGUGAUCAAAUUGAGCAGAUUGUGCGCGACAAGUUUGGACACGACAAGCCUAUUUGGAGAUGGGAGCAAGAUGGGCAAUACACGGUGAAGUCAGCUGCUACAAUUCUCACCAAGAUACUUGGGAAUCAAGCGACAGCUGCUGGAACCUCGCUUAGAAUUACGAUGGGCCUUAACGGGUGA